AUGGAAGCUAUAAAACAAAAAAGAAGUUUAAUAUCUUUAAAAGAAUCAUUUAUAUAUCCACACGAAUGGAAUCACGAACCUUGUGAUAAUAAAUUUAUUUUGGAGUGUUUCAAAGAGUCGGUAAAUUUAGGAAUUUUUCAAAUAGAUGAUAAAAAAUCAUUCAGUUAUAUUAAUUCAUGUUUAUCAAGUUGUGCAUAUAUGUGGCCACUUUGUAAUCAUUCUCAAUCUUUAAUGACAGGUAGAUUUAUUCAAUGGUCAUUUUUAAUAGAUGAUUAUUUAGACAGUUUAGAAAUUGAUGAUAAAAAAACAGAUUCUACAGUAUUAAAUGUAGAAAAAGCAUUAAUUAAUGGAACAAUAACCAAUAAAAAUUCAAAAUUAGAAGAGUAUACAGUUUUUUUUAGAAAUAAGUUAUUCGAAUAUUGCGGAAGGGAAAGAUUGGAUGCAUUUAAUCUUUUAAUUAACGAAUUGGUAAUUUGCUUGUGGACUCUGGUACCUUUUUCAAAAAUUCAUAGUAAAGAAAAAGAUUUUUAUCCAUCUUAUCAAUUAUAUAGAUGUAUAAGAACUAUCAAUGUAGGGAUUAUUGCAUGUUGUGCUUUAAAUUUUAUUUUGUUUAAAGAUUUAGAUGUUAAACUAUGGUUAAACCCAAGAUUUAGAAAGAUAUUAAAUAGAGCUUCCAUUCAAAUAUCUAUAGUUAACGAUGCUGUAUCCUAUGCAAAAGAAAUUUUAAAUGAAAAUGCUUAUUGUAACACUUUUUAUUUUUUACAAAAAGAUUCAACUAAAUUCAGCACGUUUGAUCAGGUUUGUGAAUAUCUUUUUAACGAAGCUAACACAUAUAUCAAAGAUAUCAUCACAGAUGAACCAUUACUGCUGCACGAGUUUGAGGAUGUAGAGGAUAGAAAGGUAGUUCAGUCUCUUUUAAACCAUGUUCACUAUCUUAUUAGUGGGAAUUUCGUAUGGUCAAUAGAAAAUAAUCAAAGAUAUCAAUCAAAUAUUUAUUUUAUUAAUCUUUUACAAUCCACUGGCAAUUGUUUAGAAAUAAAUAAUUAUACACAAAACCAAAAUAACCUGAUAAUUGUGGGAAGUGGUUUCACAAGUCAAUCAUUUGUAAAUUUUGGGUUUGGUCAAGUUAUAAUUAAACCAACUAGUUUUAGUGAAAAUGAAAUUCAAUUAACAUUACCUUUGGCAAUAGAGAAUUGUGAAUUUUAUGUCACCAAUACAAUAGAUCAAAAUGUUAUUAAAUCAAACAACUUAUACUUAACACUCACACCAGAAAUAAAAUCAUUUGCAAGUAUAAAAGAAGGAGAUUCACAUUUAAUUUUAUCGUGGUUAGGGGAAUAUAUUUGGAGUAUCAAACAACUCGAGCAAUAUAAUAUAGUAAUAAUAAAUAAUGAUAAUACCAAUUCAAAAACUCAAUGCAACAGUAUAAAAAAUAGCUCAAUUUCUUUAGAACAACAAAUUAUUCAAUGUAGUAUCAAUAUUGGUGAUAUAUUUGAUAUAAAAUCAAGUUUAAAAGCAAGUAUUACCAUUGGUGAAUGGAAUAAUGUUUAUGAAUUUUUAAUUGCAACACCUACAAUUGAAACUAUAACUCAAAUAGACUCAAGUGUCUUAAUAACCACAAGAAACCUUAAAACUGGUGCCCAAGAUAUAGACUCAUUGCUUAGUUCAAUCAAAGUAUACCAUAAAGAUCAAGAAAUUUCCUCAAAUUGUAAGAAUUUAGAUAUAGAAAACAAUAACAAUGAGAUAGAAUGCUUUAUUGGCUCCAUCGUAACAGAAACAUAUUUUACUGGAUCUUUAGAUAUUAAAUUAGUUAGCCGUGGUUUUACAUCAAAUAAUUUAGUUUUAAAUGUGGUACCUUUUAUUUAUACAAAUGAAACAAUUAAAAUAUAUCCAAUUGGGGAACAAAAUAUAACAAUAAAUUACUACUAUGAUAAUAAUAACAAUAGAAACAAUAACAUUAUGGUUUAUUUAAUAAUGAACCAAAGAAAUGGUGAAUGUCAAAAUAUUCAAGAUAAAGGACCAAAUCAAUUAUCAUGUACUUUACCAAAACUAUUUGCAUCAAUUUAUUUAUCAAUUGUAGUAUCAGUUAAUGGGACCGAAACAAACAAAGUUUCAAUUUUUUCAUAUUUAGAACCAAAAAUUGAAUCUUCUAAUAUUUUAGAAAACAAUACAAUUAAAAUCAGUGGAGAAAAUUUAGUUUUAGAAGCAUCUCUAUCAUAUUUAUUCAAGCCAUUAGAAUGCAACCAAUCAUCACCAACAUCAUUACUCUGCAAACUAAAGGAGUGCAAUGAAACUGACUGCUUUCCAACAUGUGGUGCUAUAAUUUAUGAUGACUAUACAUUCAGCAAAACUAUUAGAUAUUAUCCAAAACCUAAAGUUUAUUCAGCAAAUUUUGAUGGUGGAUAUUUAAAUAUUAAUGCCAGUAUUAAUUGUAGCGAAAUAACACCAGAAAACUAUUUUGAAAACGAUAUCCAUGUUAAUAUUUUAGGAAUAAGAACCUCAUUUUCAUUUUUUGACUCUGGAAUAUUCAAAUUUGUUUACCCAUACGAACAAAUACCAACAUUGGAUAUAUUUGAUAUUAUUUUUAGUAUUAAAGGUUCCAAUGCAACAUUCCAAUACAACAAACUCUCAGAUUCACCACCAGCAAUAACAGCAGCAAAAUUUAUAAAUAAUAAAAUAAUAAUUGAUGGAAAUGGUUUAUCAGAAAACUCAAAAAUCACAUAUUUCGAUCAACAACUAAACUGUAUUUCAACUAAAAAUACUGGUGAUUAUUAUUCAUUUAGACUAGAAUGCACACUUCCACCAUCAAUAUCUUUAAGCUCAAUUAACCAUUGUGGUAUUUUAAAUUAUUCAGAUAAAUAUUUAAAAUCUACAUUUAUAUUUUUAGUUGUUAGUUUCGAAAAUAAGAUUGUACCAUUUCAUUUUUACAAGGAUGAUGGAUUAUUUAGGUUUGAUUUCUAUACUAAACAACUACAAAUUCCAAAUAAACAAAGUUUCGAUAUAUAUCUUUCAAAUAGUUACUAUGGUUUAAAUUCGAAUGUUUUAACAAUCAACAAUCAAGAUAUAAUAGAAGAAACCGACUCUGCCAAUUUAAUACCAAACAAAAGCAAUGGCAUUAAAAUUCAUUUAAAUUUAUUAUUAAAAGCAAUUGUAAUAAUAUCAAUAAUUAUUUUAGUUUUUUAA